UGUGCCCUUCAACUUGCCCUUCACAUAGUUUUGAUAAAACGUUUUAGUUCUACGAGAAAAUUCACUUUGUGUACUUAAUUUUAAAUUUAAUGCAACAUUUGAGUCACAAGUAUAGAGGUCCACAUCUAGAGACAGUGUGAGGGUAAUGGACCAAAAUAUUCCGAUUUGGCUAAACGAGUCUUUUCUAGCUACAGCUCUUCAGAGAGGAGAGAAGGAAGAAAAUGAAAUCUCAAUAGUGGACUAUGCAGUUGAACCAGCAACAUCUCUCGGUUCGAAUUACUCAAGUUACUUGUUCCGAGUUCGCGUAGUCCACACUUUGCAGGACUCGAACCAGAACAGUACCACGUGCUUGAUAAUCAAGGUGCCUAUUACUGAGGGAUUCUUUAAAGAAAUGUCGCAGCUGGUGGACUAUUUUGGCAGAGAACCGAUAAUGUACGGAAAUCGGUUGCCAAUCAUGUUUAACAAAAUAAAUCACGAAUUUGGUCCUAAAAGCUUUCAUUGUCCGAUAAAAAAUGUACUGGUCCUAGAAGACCUAAAGGCAGCAGGGUACGUUGUAGGUGAUAAAAUAAAACAACUAGAUUAUCCUCACUGUGAAAUGGUGAUGAAGACCCUAGCUAAAUUCCAUGCCACAUCUGUAGCUUGUUAUCAUGAUGGUGAGCAAUUUUUAGAUGGAAUUUGUUCUGAGAAUUUCUUCUUCGAUGGAGCUUUGCCAUUCAAGUCGUUCACGGAGGGUUUUAUGAAACACUAUUCAGAUGCCUUGGAUGACUUAGGGGUGGAUGACCGGUUCAAAGAGAUAUUUCACAGUAGAGUAGGCAAACUUUGGGAGUCGGGUGUGGCAGCUUGUAAACCGAAGAAGAGAGGCUUGAAUGUACUCAACCACGGGGAUGUGUGGAGCAAUAACAUGAUGUUCAAGUAUGACAGUUGCGGAAAUGUGGUGGAUGUGAAGUUCUUUGACUAUCAAAGAACAAGAUUUGGUUCUCCAGUGCUCGAUCUGAUCUAUUUCCUCUGGACUAGUGGAAACAGUGAAGUCAUGGAGUCCAGACAGAAGGAACUCUACAGCGUCUACCGGGACACCCUCAAUAGCACUCUGGAGCUUCUGGAUUGUGAAGAACGCCUCUCUGAAGAAGAGCUCCAGCAGGAUCUAGAAUCAAACACGGACUGGGCUCUCAUUGUUAUGUGUUUCGUAGUAACUUUUACUGUCGCUGAGCCAGACUCCGCGCUGGACAUGGAGGCUAUAAGUUCAAAAAAUGUAGAAAACGAUAAUAAUAGGAACCAGAUACAUCGAGUGUUAAAUGGAAAUCUAAUGAAAACCUUGGCACCUCGUCUCGCAAGGAACUAUCAACAAUGGGUCAACUCUAUGGGCAAAUAACAACAGUUUUUAAGUGCAUACUCUCGUGGUUUUUGAGCACAGGUAUACUUUUUUCACAACUAUUUCAUAAAUAAUAAUGAAUAUUUAAUGUAAAUAAAAUGCAGUUUCAAGUA